AAUAACUCUUUUUCUGGGUCUAUUGGGCCUGCACAUGCUCAGUCUCUACCGAGUUCCAACCUAAAAACUAUUUGAGUCAAAUUAACUCUGUCGGGUUCGUGUUUGACUCCAAACAACUUCAACGGUGCAGCCGGUGCGGCCGUGCGCCUGCAGAUAUCCACCUACUAGAAUCGAUACGAAGAAAGGAGAUAAAAGGCAGAGAGAUAUGUUGGCGAGAAGGUUGAGUUCUUUAUUUAAGAGCUCUCCAUCUUCGAAGGUUUCUAGCUCAUCAAAGCCUUUGAAUGAUGAAAAAAGCGAGUCAUGGGGUCGUAAAGCCGUGUCUUUUGUCUUGAUUACUGUUACUGGCGGUGUGGCUUUGAGUGCUCUUGAUGACCUUGCAAUUUAUCAUAGCUGUAGCAGCAAGGCAAUGGAGAAAGCGGGAGAGAAUCAGGCAAUCAUUAAUGCUAUUGGAGAACCAAUAAAGAAGGGCCCAUGGUACAAUGCAUCUCUUGCAGUAACUCAGAAGAGACAGUCUGUUUCUUGUACAUUUCCUGUCUCAGGUCCCCUAGGCGAUGGAGUCUUCCGGUUGAAGGCAGUCCGCAAUGGAGAUAUCUGGUUUUCAUCUUUCCGGCCACAGAACUGGGAAAUUCUUAUCAUGGAUGCUCUUCUCCAUCUUCCUGCAAACGAAGGGAAGCAACAAACAAUGCGAAUCAACAUCUCAGGCAACGUCUCACCUUCAGCUUGUACAUCCUGCACUGCUCAGCCGCAGGAUAAACAAUGAAAAGUGAAAUCUACAUUGGAUUUUCUUUUUCUCUUGCAUUUCCGAUAUCACGUGGCCAUCACGACAAAUUUUGCAGAAUUCUGUUUGCAUAAUAAGAGAAAUUGAUGUGUUCUGUAGGUCCAUUAGGUAUAAAAGCUUCUGUAUUUGAUUGCUUGGGGAAUAAUAGUUUUGGAUAUCAGCACCAAUUUCAUUCACCAAACAUGUAUGAAUGAGAUAUAUCAAGCUCCAUACAAAUUGAAAUUUCAAGUUUCUAGUUUAUCCUGUCAAA